GGCGCCUCCAGCUGUCUAUUAUGGCCUGCUUCUCUCCUUUUUUCGCUCAGGCUGAUAGAGCGCUGCUGGGCCAAGGCGCCCCAACAUUUGCAGGUACAACUUGAGGAGGCCUUGCUUGGGGGGCGGCCGGCCGGAACGUCAUGGCUCUCCCCAUCUCCUCCUCCUCCUCCUCCUCCUCCUCCUCCUGCUCCUGCUUCUCCUCUCCUUCUCCCUCCGCCUCUCCGCCGCCUUCGUCCAGGACCCCUCCACCGCCGCCGCCGUGUGUCUUCGACGAGGAGUUCAAGUUCGUGCUGCUGCCGGUGUGCUACGGCACGGUGUGCGCGGUGGGCCUCUCGCUCAACGGCUACGCGCUGUGGGCCUUCCUCUGCCGCCGUCGCGGGUCCUCCUCCUGGAGCGCCGGCGCGACCUACCUGUUCCACCUGGCGCUCUCGGACUGCCUCUACCUGCUCUCCCUGCCCAGCCUGGUCUACUACUACGCGGCGCGGAACCACUGGCCCUUUGGCGCCGGGCUCUGCAAGGCCGUCCGCUUCCUCUUCUACGCCAACCUCUACGGCAGCAUCCUCUUCCUCACCUGCAUCAGCCUCCACCGCUACCGCGGCGUCUGCCACCCGGCUCGCCUACUGUCCUGGGCCCGGCCCCGCCGCGCCCGCCUGGUCUGCCUCGGGGUCUGGCUGGUCGUGGCCGCCGCCCUGGCCCCGAGCCUGGCCUUCGUCACCACCAGCCCCCGCGGAGGAGGCCCCAACGGCACCGCCGGAGGGACCCUCUGCCACGACACCACCCGCCCGGCCGACUUCGCGCGCUUCGUGGGCUACAGCUCGGCCGUGAUGGCGCUGUUCUUCGGGCUGCCGGCCCUGGUCAUCGCCGCCUGCUACGGCCUGAUGGCCCGGCGACUCUGGCGCUCCUCCUCCGCGGGCCCCAGGCGCAGCCUCCCCGGCUACAAGCGGCGCUCCUUGCGGAGCAUCGCCCUGGUGCUCCUGGUCUUCGCCCUCUGCUUCCUGCCCUUCCACGCCACGCGGGGCGCCUACUACGCGGCCCGGCUGCUGGGAGCCGAUUGCGCCACCCUCAACCUGGUCAACGUGGCCUACAAGGCCACCCGGCCCCUGGCCAGCGCCAACAGCUGCCUCGACCCCCUCCUCUACUUCUUGGCCCGAGGCAGCGGGCGGCGGGGGCGGCGAGGGCAGCUCCCCAAGGGCCCCCCGGCCCCUGCCUUGGCCAUGGCCCCCCGGCCCACAGGGAACCACUGCCCCCGGGAAGGAGGAGGAGAGCGAGGGGCAGGAACGGAGCCCCAGUAAGGCAGGCCUUUCCCACUCGGGACCAGAGAGGCUUUGGCUUCAAGUCCUGGCAAAACCGCCAAAAUCAGCAGAGAGCAUCACGUCUGGAAAAGCGUGGCAGGAAGCGAACAAGGGUCAGCAUUCGACUUCUGAUCCCCCCCCCGCGUUUCCGUCAGG